AACAAUCCCAACCAAGAAAUCAAGAACCAAGGAAAGGAAAAGUUUAAAAGGCGAGAAAAAGGAAGGAAAGGAAAGAAACAAAAACGGCCAAAGCAAGGGGGCGGCUGAUGUGGGGCUGUCCAAACGAACGUAUGAUCCAGAAUAAGUCCGUAACUCCGACUUGUAUUGAUGUUGUAUAUCCAUGCCAUGCCAUGAACUGCAACCCCUCACCCCCCUGGCAUGUGGCCUUGCUGACGUGAGUGAGUCUUCCAACGGUGCCCUCGCCCGUGUUUUUAUUGCCCCUGAGCCACCUUGUAAUAUGUGCUGCAGGUGCUGUAUCCGUGAAUGAAUACAAAAAUGCUUCUCUGAGACUUACCAGCAUAUUGUUUCGCCUGCCCAAGGUUAACCACCCGAAAAUUAACCCGCAAUGGCCCUGAACAUAGCGAUCGUCGGCGGCGGCAUAGCCGGCCUCUCAGCGGGUGUGUCCCUCCGCAGGGCCGGCCACACCGUCACCAUCUACGAGCGAUCGGCGCUGAACAACGAGGUCGGCGCCGCCAUCAACGUGCCACCCAACGCCUCACGCCCGCUGCUGGGGUGGGGCCUGGACCCGGUGGCUGCGCAGUUUGUCCCCGUCACCGCCGUCGCUCUGCACGAGCCAUUUGGCCUCAAGGAGCUCCAGCUCGUGCCCAUGGGCGACUGGGUGGCCCACAAGUACCGCGCGCCCUUCUACUUCGCCCACAGGGUUGACCUGCACCAGGCGCUGAAGACGCUAGCAACGACGGAGGAGGGGGACGCGCCGGGGACGCCGGUGGUCAUCCACCUGAAGUCGGAGGUCGUGGGCUAUGACCCGGAAACCCCCUCGAUCACUCUCGCCAGUGGCGAGGUUAUCACGCCGGAUGUGGUAAUCGCCGCAGACGGCGUGAACUCGAUCGCUGUCGAGGCCGUCCUCGGGAAGCCCAACCCGGCCCAGCCGCAGGAGUUCUACAACUGCUGCUACCGCUUCCUCAUUCCGGCGUCGGCGCUGGAGAGCGACCCCGACACGGCCUUCUUCAGCGAGGACCGCCACGGGAAGAUGCGCAUCUUCGUCGACACGGCGAAUUGGAGGAGGCUUGUCUGCUACCCGUGUCGGAACAAUGAGAUCCUCAACUUUGUCGCCAUGUUUCACAACGCGGACAUGGGUGCCUCUGAGAAAGAAGACUGGCACGCCUCGGCGAACAAGUCCAAGAUGCUGGAGGUGUUCAAGGCCUUCCACCCAGGCCUGCUCAAAGUGAUCAACAAAGCAACGGACGUCAAAUACUGGCCGCUCCUCUUCCGAGCCCCCAUCCCAACAUGGACGAAGGGGAAGAUGGUACUUGCUGGUGACGCAGCGCAUCCAAUGUUGCCACACCAAGGCCAAGGCGGCGCGCAGGGCCUCGAGGACGGCAUCGCGCUGGGCAUCGCCAUGUGCGGCGCGACGCGGGAGACGGUCGCCGCGCGCCUGGCCGCGUACGAGCGGAUCCGCAUCAACCGCGCGUCGGCCAUCCAGACGCUGAGCAACGCCGGCCAGGACCAGGUGCAGCUGAUCCACAAGGAGGCGGCCAAGUACAUGGGCUCCGAGGAGGCCGUGCCCAAAACACCCCAUGAAUUCCUCGAAUACAACUUUGGGCAUGACGUGGUUGAUGAGGCCAGGCGUGCUCUGGAGGGGCUUGAUUCGAAAUUCAGCUUUCCUGCCAACUUUUUCCAGAAGUCUGGGCCUUUUCUCCCUUGAUACAUCCUCACAUUUUUUGUAACUAGGUAAAAGGUUUAGAUAGGACAUAGGAUCGGGAAGUUUUGCUUCCGGAACUGCAGGUUGGAGAGACACAUGUUAGAAAACCAAAGGGGAAUGCUAGUGCUACUCUACCUUUGUUUCCAAUCACUACUCACCUACACCUUACCUUGCAUGCGAUUACUAGUUACGUAGCAUUGACCCUGCUUUUCACCCCUUACUCUAUCCUAGUAGGCCUAUAACCCUGACACCAGACGGUAUGCAUAUUGUCAAACUUUGCAACAAGCAUUUGCC